GGAUGAUGCGUUAAAAGGCAACGGAGAUAUAUCACUUCGAUCCAGUAGUGCGCGGUGAUCCGAAGCCAUAGCAACAAAUCUUCAACAGCUGCUGCUGCUGUCCAGAGCCUGUGUGUGUGUGACGAAAGAAAAAAGUGGUGCACAGAAUGCUGGUAUCCCGCAGCAGCAGUCGCCUGCUGUUAGUGCUAAUUGUAGCUUCAUUGUACGUCUCCCAUGUGCAAUCGCAGCAGGGGGUCCCGACCGAAGAGGGGAAACUUCUCUUCGCACAUGUGAUCUACCGGCAUGGCGAUCGGACCCCGAUCGAACCCUACCCCAACGAUCCAUGGAAGGACCCCAGCCACUGGACUACUGGAUGGGGACAGCUCACCAACGCCGGCAAAUUGCGCCACCUAGCACUAGGACACUGGCUACGGCAACGCUACUCGAGCCUCCUCGGUGCCACCUACGCGAACAACGAAAUCUACGUCCGGUCCACUGACGUCGACCGAACGCUGAUGAGUGCCGAAUCGAACCUAGCUGGUCUGUAUCCACCGGUCGGAACGGACCGUUGGGAUCCGGACAUCCAGUGGCAACCGAUUCCAGUGCACACCGUGCCGGAAUGCUUGGACGAAGUGCUGGCCGCUAAGAAAUCCUGUCCUGCCUUUGACUAUGCCCUGAAAAAGUACAAACAAUCGGACGAAUUUCAGGCGUACAACAAAUCACUGGUACCACUGUACCAAUACGUAAGUGCCCACGCAGGGCGAAGGAUCGACUCGCUGACGUCGGCACAGAACAUCUACAGCUGCCUGCACAUCGAGGAAUUGAACAACUUCACACUGCCAGAGUGGACCAAACAGGUGUACCCGGAACCUUUGCGAUCCGUAUCCGCUAGAUCGUUUAGCACCAAAACGAACACUCCCAUGCUAGCACGCCUCAAGACCGGUCCCCUAAUCCAGGAAAUGCUCCAGCGAUUCAGCAAGAAAGCAGCCAACACCCUUAAACCCAACAGAACGGUUUGGAUCUACAGUGCUCACGACACAACCGUAGCAAAUGUCCUCAACAGCCUUCGCCUGUUCGACCUUCACAACCCGCCAUUUUCGGCAUGCAUCAUGCUGGAACUUCGCAAAUCAACCUCUGGAGGCGAACCGUACGUUUCGGUGUACUACAAAAAUACUACCGACGAACCGGAACCGAUGACCAUUCCGAACUGUGGCAAACGCUGUCCACUGAGUCAGAUGUUCACCGUCUACAGUGCGAUCCUGCCGGAAAACUGGAAGCGUGAGUGCCAGGUUUCGAUCCUAUCGUUGACCUACGUCGAGGCGGAUAUAAGCUCGUCGACCAGUGUGAUCGGUAUCGUGUUCCUGGCGAUGGUCGGCGUGCUGGUGGUCGCCCUGACCAUGGGUGCCUACCUCCGUCGACGUCGCAGCUAUUACAACGAUAAAUGGUACCUGCGGAUCGAUGGAUAAUGGCACGGGAACGGAGUGGCGGCGGCGGUCGUUCUGGAGGAGGACGAUACCUACGAGGAGGUGGACGUCUGACGUCAAGUGUUUGGAAAUUUGCGCAUUUAUUCUUACAACAAUUUGAGGAGAUAUCAUGUGUUAUGUGAUUUUUCGGAGAGUAUUUUAAGGUGUACGAAAUUUUAACUGCUAGAGUGUUGUUUAUGAAAUUAUCUGUGUAGAGGUGGGGAAGUGUUUAUAUUGUGGAAAUCUGCUGCUGUGAGCUUACCAGUUCCAGGAUUUGCAAAUAAAUGGUAAUAUUUAACGGA